AUGUCCGACUCCAGUCGCGCGAAUAUUGCUGCAUCUGCAGGAAGCUCGAAGCCCGGUGGUAGGAUGAACAAGAAAGCAAAUGGCUCUCCACAGCCGACACACUUUCUCGCUUUGCCCCUUGUCAAUGCCCACGCGCUACCUCAGCUGUCACGCAGUAUCAAUCACUUCCAAUCCGUCACCACUUCACCUCCACCUCUCAAGCCAUCACAGCUCCAAGCCAGAGACAGGGCGAGGGUGGCUGAGACACCGGAACGCGACUCGGAGGAAUAUCGAACAGGAGCAGACGGUGAGAAUAAUGUGGCCCAGGGUCCGGGACUCAAGAUCAUUCCUGCACAGGCUCACAGGCCAGCGGGCACGCUACAUCUCACUCUUGGCACGAUGGUGCUGAAGGAGGCUGCGGAUUUUCAGCGGGCGUUGGAAGUGCUGAAAGAUAUCAAUUACGCAGAACUGCUGCAGCAAGUUGCAGCAUCAGUAGCUGAUGUGGGUUCUGGAGCGGAAGUGAUGUUCGAGACGACUGUGCAGGGCUCUGAGAACCAGCAAGGGUCGUCAGCCGCAAUGGAUGCGGGCGAAGAAGUCGCGUCCGCGCUCAAGACUCUCACUCGCCCUGUCUCACCUCCACCACCAUCGGCGGCCAUCACGCGUGACAUAACCCGUCCUGCCAGCCCUCCACAGCCACGGCCGUUGCAAGUGUCUUUAAUUGGGCUUGGGACAUUUCCUUCCGCAAAGAAAUCGCGCGUCUUCUACGCCGCGCCUCACGAUUCGUCUGGACGGCUGCAGAGCUUCGCAGAGGCAGUACAGAGACGAUUCAUUGACGAAGGUGUGGUGCGGGCAGAACCUCGGCCUUUGACGCUACAUGCUACGGUCGCGAAUUUGAAGUAUGUGAAAGUACAGCGACAAUGGAAGAGGGGCGGCAGUGGUAGUGGAGGUGGGAGGCAGGGCAGAGAGGUCGAUGCUAGGGAGGUCAUACAGGCUUUUGGAGAAGGAGGGAGCGAGGCCUGGCCGGGGAAAGCAUAUUCGUGGGCAGAAGGAAUCGUGAUUGAUAGGGUCAGGAUUUGUAAGAUGGGGGCUGUGAAGAGUGAGGAUCCAGUAUUGGGAAUGGAGUAUCCUGCUAUCAGGGUGCCCGUGGAAGGCGAUGCGGGAGAAGAAAGUGAACUGGCUGAGGUGAAAUUCACUUGA